AUGGUGAAGAAGUACCUUACCUCACAUGGGAAAUCUUUCAUCCUAAGAUAUUCCCCCCAAACCCUCAUCCCGCCGGUCGCCCAACGAUACCUGGACCUCCCGGUCCAUCCGCUCCGACCCAAGAUCCAACACAUGUACGACAACCGAGACCCUGAGACCCUGUGGUGGCGCGUGUCGUUGCAUCAGUUCGGGCAAUAUAAACGAGUGGUCCGGUCGUGGACAGCCCGGAGAGCGCGGGUCGCAUUCCGGGAGGCCUUGAAACAGCAUGGGUUUGACGAGGCAGGCAAGCGAUUGGAGCCUGGGACUACGGGGUACGGCUGCAUGGAUAGCCCCAAUCGGGGCUUGAAGGGGUCGCUGGAGGUGAUUGUGCGGUUGGAGAGUAUCGACGAGCCGUUCGCGGAAGUGCAGUCCGAUAUGCACACUUCAUUUGCCCAGCUGGUCGACAAGGCGCGAGUUCUGGGGUCGCAGGGAGUAACCUCUUCCACCCCGGCGCGCAAAACGGGCCAGUGGCAACCGAAAUGGGCGGGGACGACGAACAAUAACGGGCAAUGA